CUAAGCAGCGCAGGGGCUCCCACCACCCCCCCUCAGUGACUUUAUUAUUAUUUUUAUUUAAAACAAACUAACAAAAAAAAAACCCAUAAUAGCCGUGUAUUCAAUGCGAAGCUGCAAACCGGAGUCAAAAUAUCGGACAUUUUGGAUAUAACCGAUUUGAAUUUACGUUAGCAGAGUCGCGAGACCCCUACGACGAAUCGAGCUAGCGUGUUAGCUAACGGUCUGUGUGUUAUGGGAUUCUCAAACGUUAGCUGAGCUUGCGACGGUCUCCAUCGCUAGAAUAAUGCGAAUUAAUGUAAAUAUCGAUUUGCGUGCAGUUACUUAGAGGAGUAUCGGAUGAACUGGUGUGAAUAGUAAACAUUAUUUUUUUUAAAUAAAUGAAUUCAUCUUAGCUAACAGUGAUAGCAAAGUGGUCGCCAGCCAUAAUGGGAAUUUGACGUUAAAUGUAGCCAGUAAUGAUAAACAAGUUCAAUAGAUUUUCAAUGAAUUCAGCAAGAGGAAAGCGUUUGGUCACGUUUUACAAGCAACACUAGAUAGUAAUUACAUGCGUAGCAAGCUGUGCGCCGAACUGACUAACAGGCUUCAUGGGUGACAUGAUGCAGAUGCAGGUCGCUUUAAAACCCAUCUGUUAAUCCUGCAUCUGGAAGACACUCGUCCACACAGCCAGCGAUGCGAUCUUGGCGAAAUUCCUCCUAACCAGCGUUAUUAAGCUGGCGCCGUGUCAGAAAGUCUACAGGCUGCUUUUCGGCACAUUAGCACACUCCUUAUCGGGCUUGAAUAGGAGGUCAUGGUCCCCGCUGCAUUGCGGCCCUGUUUCACCGGAGAGAUCAGUCGUACAUUGCUACAGUGAACCAGCCCGUACCCAGAACUGCGAGAAGACAAGGCCUGCUUUGCCGUGUCGUGUUGGUAGUGCUGUGGUCGGUGGGGAAAAGACAGACACAUCACCGCCCAUGCCCGCCAUGCCUGGUCCGGCUGCCAGCAAAGCGCGGGUGUACGCGGAUGUGAACACUCUGAAGAGCAAAGAUUACUGGGACUAUGAAGCACACGUGCCUAGCUGGAGCAAUCAAGAUGAUUACCAGUUGGUCCGGAAGCUUGGAAGAGGCAAAUAUAGUGAAGUGUUUGAAGCCAUCAACAUCAACAGCAACGACAGAGUGGUGGUGAAAAUACUGAAGCCUGUCAAGAAGAAGAAGAUUAAGCGUGAAAUCAAAAUCUUGGAAAACUUAAGAGGAGGAACCAACAUAAUUCGCCUUGUAGACACAGUCAAGGAUCCUGUGUCCAGAACACCAGCUCUAGUGUUUGAGUGCAUCAAUAACACAGAUUUCAAGGAUCUCUACCAGAGAUUAACAGAUUUUGACAUUCGAUUCUACCUUUAUGAACUUCUGAAGGCUCUGGAUUACUCUCACAGUAUGGGAAUCAUGCAUCGGGAUGUAAAGCCACACAAUGUGAUGAUUGACCAUCAAAUGAGAAAGUUGCGCCUGAUAGACUGGGGCCUUGCUGAGUUCUAUCAUCCGUCGCAAGAAUAUAACGUAAGGGUGGCCUCAAGAUCAUACAAGGGGCCAGAGCUGUUAGUUGAUUAUCAGAUGUAUGAUUACAGUUUAGACAUGUGGAGCCUGGGCUGCAUGCUGGCCAGUAUGAUUUUUCAGAAGGAGCCCUUUUUCCAUGGUCAGGACAAUUAUGACCAGCUUGUUCGCAUUGCUAAGGUUCUCGGGACCGAGGAACUUUACAGCUAUCUUAAAAAGUAUCACAUUGAACUGGACACACGUUUCAAAGACCUGCUCGGACAGCAAACACGAAAGCGCUGGGAGCACUUUGUUCAGCCAGAGAAUCAGCACCUGGUGAGUUCUGAAGCUCUGGAUUUGCUGGAUAAGCUGCUGCGUUAUGACCAUCAACAGAGACUGACUGCUCAGGAGGCCAUGGAACACCCCUAUUUCUAUCCAGUGCUGAAGGGACAGUCUCUCUCAAACUCAGAUGGCACCCUGGCAAUAAGCAGUUCAACUGCAACAUGAUGAGCUAAAAGUAAAAGGAAAACCUUUUUACCUCAGUGUUUGGCAGAGACCCUGCGUUUCAGGUGUAAAGCUUCACACUACUGAAGCAAGAAGUAAUUUAGCAUCACAAGACAUGUACAGAAAACUGAAACACACCAGGCUGGCCAACUUACACCCCCCCACCCAACCCCACCCCACUUCACUUUGUAUUAGUGCUGCUUGCCACAGUUACUUAGAUACCAAAAAAGUGGUAUUCUGUAUGUCCCCUCUUCCUUUUAAGUUAAAGAUUUCUCUUAAAAAAAAAAAAAAAAAACAAACAAAAAACAUACAAAAAAAAAAAAAAUACAAAAAAACCCAGAAUUCUAAGUGAUUAUAUAUUGUGGUUGGGAAAGAAUGCCUGCUCUUUCCCUGUGACUCUCAGGCUCUACAUGACUGCUGUGGGCUCAGGAUCCAGGUUGCAUUAUAUACUGAAAAUAUUGUCAUGGUCAGUUGAUUUGCCCUGCUGAAAUGAGUGCAAAUUCUAAAUUAUAUUAUUAUUACUAUUACUAUUAUUAUUAUUAUUAUUAUUAUUAGGUAUGGAGGCUUUUAUGCGAUCUGUUAAAAAUAUGAUCUAUUAAAAUAAGAGAUACUUUUUAACCAGUCUGACAUGGGGUGUGUUUUUAACUUUGGGUAUAUAAUGACAGCUGUGCUGCUAUUGUGAGAUUGUAUGACUUAUGAGACCUAAUUUAAGCCAUGCACUUUAUGUAGGUUGGCAAUUUAAAAUGAACCCUAAUGUUAAUGUGGUAUGUACAAUUAGGAUCACGUUACUAUUGAAAUAAUUGAAGGUUUGGCGAUGGAAAUUGGAGAACAAUGUUAGCCUGCUGUUUAUAUAACUAUCAACAUUUUCUUUGUCCAAAAUGCAUUUGAAAACCAAAAGUUAGCAAACCAACUCCUACUCCAAAAUAGUUCAAAAGAUUGCACUUAAGGGACCCGUCUAUUGGGCCAAUGUGGGUAGAGCUGCUCAUUCCAACUAAGCAGAAACCACAUCUUAGUUGACUAAAAAGUCAAAAUCAAUGGAUUAAACAGGUGUGGCAACUGCUUGUUUGGUAUGAAACCUGUACCCAUGCUGGACUUUUAAAGAGAAAAUUUAACACGACUGUUAAAGGCCAAUAAAAUUUCACUUUAUAAAAGAAUUUCCUUUAUCGCCCACAAUACGUUUUUCUUGCAGAAUAUUUGUAAGUACAGUUUGGUGUACACUGUACAUUGUUGUAACAUUUGUGAUUUAGUGCUGCCCAAAGUGAUGUCUUUAAUGAAACGCAUCAUGUCAAAUAUGGCAUUUCUCACAACGAUCAAAUUAGGUGUAAAAGUGUUUUUUUUUUUUUUGCAUUUACUGUUAUUAACAAUAUAUGCCAAUCAGCUAUACUGUUAAAUCCACUUGCUUAAUAUUGUGUAGGUACCUGUAGUGCAAUCAAAACUGCUCCGACCUGUAAAGACAUGGACUCCAAAAGUCCUCUGAAGGUGUGCUGUAAUAUCUGGCACCAGGACAAUAGCAGCAGAUCCUUUAUGACCUUUAAGGUUGCAAGUUUGUGCCUUCAAGGAUCAGUCUUGACGAGCUUGUUCCACAGAUGCUUGAUCGAACUAAGAUAUGGUGAAUUUUGUCAUAUUCAAGAUUUGUAGUCUGGCAAGGUGCAUUAACCUGCUGAAUUCUUGGUCUGCAUGUUUAGCCAGGUGAUGUGUGUCAAAUGAAACAUCCACAUCAAUGCCAGAGUGGUUUACCAGUAGAAUAUCUGUUUUUGACAUUGUACAGGAGUUAGCAUGGGCACUUUGAUCAGUCCGUGGCUACCAGGAACUGCUAUGGGACAUACCAAAAGAAUUACUGACCCAGUUGUCUAGCCAGAACAAUUUGGCCAAAGUCAUUGAUUUUUACAUUUGAUAAUUUUCCUGCUUCCCCAAAAUUCUGAGAAUUACUGUUCACCCACUGCCUAAUAUAUCUCACCUUUACAUUUUCAAACAACUAUAAUGAGAAUUUUAUUCCCCUCCACCUGUCAAUGGUUUUAAUGCUAUGGUUGAUGUAUUUUUUUAAGAUCAUCAAGCGAAUUAAAAAGUAUGAUUGAUUUCCCCA